CCACAUCUCUCUUACAUACCAUACCCCAUCACUCUCUCUCUCUCUCUCUCAUCCACACGAAUCACACUCUCCACAGUGCGAUUCAUUCACCAAUGGAUCGCAACGGCGUUCUCUCUCUCGCAUUCAUCUGCAUUGUAGUCGCCGGCGUCGGAGGACAGUCUCCCGCCGCAGCGCCGUCAAACACUCCGGCAACUCCCGCCGCCGCCACUCCCGCCCAAGCACCUUCCACAGUACCGAAAUCACCAGCUCCCGUUGCUUCUCCCAAAUCAUCUCCACCAGCUGCAACCCCUGCAUCUACUCCGGCGGCAUCUCCCACCACCACCCCCGCCGCGCCUGCUCCGGUGACCAAGCCACCUGCAGCCUCUCCUCCUCCGGCGACUCCUCCACCGGCAACUCCUCCUCCGGCGCCGGUUCCCGUGAGCUCUCCCCCCGCUCCCGUGCCGGUGAGUUCUCCACCCGCUCCUGUUCCGGUGGCGGCGCCAACCACCCCUGUGGCUCCCUCUCCGGCUCCGAAGCAUAAGAAGAAGGGCAAGAAGCACGGUGCUCCGGCUCCUUCACCGUUGUUAGGACCUCCUGCGCCACCCACCGGAGCUCCUGGACCCAGCGAGGAUGCUUCUUCCCCUGGACCUGGCACUGCUGCCAACGAUGAGAGUGGAGCAGAGACCACCAUGUGCUUGGAGAAGGUUCUAGGAGGCCUAGCUUUGGGUUGGGCUACCCUUGUUUUGGUCUUCUAGACAGGCUUUGUUGCUGUUAUUAAAUUCUUGUAUUUGUAUCAUUUAUUUCCUUUUUUUUUCUUUUAUCUUUUGAGCCUGUAUUGGGUACACAUUACAUUUAUUUACAUUGUUACCUUCAGACCCUUAUUAUUCGAUUGCUGUCGUUGUCCUUACUAGUGCU